AUGUCUACCACCGCCGCUUCCAACAAUAACGAGCCACCGCGAACAAACAAUGAGCAUCCACACUCUCUGUCGCCGUCGUUUUCCUGGUUACCAAACGACACCGUUUUAAACAUCUUAGCUAGGGUCCCGAGACGUAAUCACCCGAUUCUCUGUCGCGUCUCCAAAAACUUCCAAUCUAUCGUACGUUCCUCUGCGCUUCACCAGACUCGAUCUCUCAUGGGCAAAGAUUAUUUAUACGUCUGCUUUAGAGACUUUGGUUCUCCUUCACUAGCGUAUCAUUGGUUCACUCUCGAUGAAAAUCGUUUAGUCCCAAUCCCGUUAUCUUCUCCGCCUCAGCCAAACUCUACUGCUCUCAUGGUUGGUCACGAGAUCUACUUCGUUGGCGGUUAUAUCAAUAAUCAUUCUUGCAAGAGCAUGUGGAUCCUCAAUUACGUGUCGUGCAAGUUACGUCAAGGUCCAAGUACGCGUGUGGCCCGACGUCGUGCAGCUGUGGGACAUGUUGACAAGAAGAUUUACGUGUUUGGACGGUUUGACCACAAAGACAAAGAUAUCCAAGCCGAAGUGUUUGACACAAAGACGCAAACUUGGGAUGUCGCACCAAAUCCCAAUAUGGAUGUGCAGUGCAUAUGGAUGUCGAUGGUAAACCAGUCAUUAGACAGAAAGAUUUAUGCGAGGAAUUAUAAACAUGUCGUAGCUUAUGACCCGAGAGAUGGUAAAUGUGAUAAGAUUUAUUUACCAAAUAAUGAUCGUUCGUGCAGCGAUGACGUGUGUAUGAUAGACAAUCUGCUCUAUAUACAUUGCUCUUAUGUUGGGUUAAUUUGGUAUGACUCUAAGGAGAAAGAAUGGAGCGUAGUUAAAGGUCUCAAGCUCGACGUCUAUUCUGCCUCCGAAGUUAAAAUGGCAGAACACAAUGGAAAGUUGGUGUUUUUGUGGACACGUUCUUGUCAAGAAGAUACAAAAUGGGAAAUCUGGUGUGCAAUGAUCGCAUUAGAUAGAAGUGGAGUAGAGGUUAUGGGAAAGGUUGAGUGGUUUGAUCACGUACUUACCGUCCCUUGUGACUACAAGAUUAUGCAUUGUUUAGGUCGUACUGAUUAG